AUGGCUUCACAGACAACAACGUCACACACUGUUUAUCGCCGAAUCUCUUCUGAUUCACGGCUAGAGCCCUGCUGGCAACUCAUCGAAACCUGGCUGUCCACGUGUACCUCUAAUCACCCGGCCUGUUCGCACAAUCAACACCCCGAGUGGCCCACCCGGCUGUUAAACGUCGAAGAUCUCAGGAUCGUCAAUGGUAGUACGUGCGGCGGUCAUGUGCGUUACGCAACUUUGAGUCAUUGUUGGGGAACGUCGAUGUUCACCAGACUGAAUAAAAGUGCUUUCCAGGGUUUCAUGACUGGUAUUGAUCACCAAAUUCUUCCCCGAAAUUUCCAAGACGCCAUUUUUGCGACACGGAGACUGGAGAUUACAUACCAGUGGAUUGAUGCUUUGUGCGUUAUCCAAGAUUCUCACGCUGAGUGGGCAAAGGAAUUGGUAAACAUGGGAAAGUACUACGGCCACGCUGUAGUGAUUCUGUCUGCACUCAGCUCACCAAGUUCGAAUACUGGGUUCCUCGGGCCACGAAACCCACAGCCUUUGACGAGUUUGCAAAACAGGUUGCACUUGCGUAAAGCAAGGCCUUCAUGGAACAAUGUGUUUACAGGGGCACCGCUGACUGAGCGUGCUUGGAUCUUGCAGGAGAGACUAAUUUCUCUGAUAGCGAGAUAUUCUGGGAAUGUAUGA